AUGAAUUCGAACUGGACCUCAAGGACUUGCAUUGGUGACGAUUAUCGCUGGAUGUAUGCAUCCCCUCGUGUUGCAGAGGAGAACAUCUCCAUGCCCAUCCCUCCGGGGCAAGCUGGUGGUGCGAGUCCCAGUUCACACAGCAUCAGCCUCUUCAAAUCUGCCUUCGGCUGGUGUCCUGAGGUAACAAGCUUCGAGGCGACACCCUUCGUGGGCAAGAAUGGUGUCUUCCUCGUGGACGUGGGAUCUCAUUCCGGACCUGCCCAGGAGGUGCCAGGCAGCGGCCAGAUCAAUUGGCCGAACAGCAUCACAACUCUGAAUGCCAGCGUUUUCGGCUUCGCCGCGGUGGCUGUUGGGAACGGCUUCCUUGUACCAACGCACACGACAGGUGGUGUCUAUGUCAUGGAGGCAUCGACCCGGCCAUCCACUCUCCAGGAGCCUGUCAAGAUUUCCAAAGACCUGUCUGGCUGGUUCUACCACCAGGCACACUUUGUGGACAUGGAUGGGGAUGGGCUUUUGGAUGUCCUCACUGCCAGAUGCGAAUAUGCCGUCUGGCCCUGGGCAAAGAAGCGUGGCGAGCUGGUUUGGCUGAAGCAGCCGGCGAAGGAUGCUUUGGCUGGGCCGCCGUGGGAAGAGCACGAGCUUGGUGCGGGGCCAGACUUCCUUUUUUGUGUGCAUCCCAACAGCUCUCGGCUGGCUCUGGUCGCGCCGGAGUUCGUGAGCGGACGAGUGGUCUACUGGUUCAUGCAGCAAAAUGGCACGAUGAGCAGUCGGCUACUGGACGAUACCAUUGGCCCCGGCUUUUCUUGCUCCUGGACGGAUCUGAAUGCAGAUGGACACCUGGACUUGCUGGUAACGAACCACGCAGCCGUCAACGGCUCCGUCUUUGCUUAUUCCUUCAGCAGCGAUGACAUUGCCUCAGCACAGAUCACUCGGCACGUGUUAGCCACGGGCUUCACGCCUGCCAAGAUCGACAAAGGUAAGGCCUCGCCUGGAGACGCACUGGCUUUCCAGCCUCACAUUAAUUCGACGGACAAGCCGUAUAUCUUCGUUUCCGGAGACAACUCCAACAGCAUUUUUCUUCUGACACCUGUAUCGAAGGACCAAUCUGAUUGGACAUACUCUCUGGAAGAAGUGCAAGACUUUGGAGCAGACAUCGGUCGGCCAUCAAUCGGUGACGUGGACGGCAACGGUUUCGCAGACAUUUUCGUGCCUGUGUACGAUUCAAAGAGAGUCGUCCACUAUGAAUUCCGCCGGGGCUUGGCCUGGCGGCUUGGGCCCGGGCGCGACAGAGAGCUGAAGCUUCGGGCGGAUGCCGGAGCUCCGCCGGAGGCCGCACCGUCAGAGUGCGGAUCCUGUAUGCCUCCAUGUCAGGAACAUCCCAGGCAACAGCAGUGGCGCUGGAGGAGUCCAUCCGCCGUGCUGUGCCAGAGACUUCGCUUCCUGCUGAGGCAAAGUUGCAGAUCAGCAUCGAGGACUUGUCGACCUUUGCAUUCGACACCCUGCUCUCCCGUACGCACAGAUGCAGUCAGCACCGACAUUGUUGCGUUGCUUUUGUCAACCUACACUGAUGGUCUUCUUCCGCCCAGCAGUGCUCACUUUGGCACUCUCCUGGCCGAUCACGUCCAUGACUUCCGCGUGGGUCGAUCAGCGAUGAGCCAUUUGCACUUUGCUGUCAUGGGCUUCGGCAGCUCCGUGUACGCGGACGCUGGCCACUUCUGCACUGCCGCAGUGCGUGCGGAUGCAGCGCUUGCUGCGCUGGGAGGGCUGCGCGUGGCACGACUCCUGCGGGUUACGGACACGAAGGAGCUUGCGAACCAGGCCAGCGAAUGGCAGUUGGAGAUGCAGUCUGCAAUCUCGGCUGCGCUCAGGGGCGUCGAAAUCCCGAAGGCACCCGGGAUUGAGGGCAACGCGGCUGCUGAGGCGGCCGUGUCGCAAACAGCAGACCAAGAAGGUGGAGAGGCCAGCUCAGACUCUGAGGAUGACAGCAGCACCACUGUCAGCUCAGGCGAGGCUGCAGCAAAGGGCUCCACGUCCGAUGUGGAAGAGCUUGCGGAGGGAUGCGCUGGGGACACGGUCAAGAAGCCGGAGGAGCGGCAGAUGCUUACCACGAAGCAUCGUGCGCAACUCACAAAGGAAGGCUACAAGAUCGUUGGUUCGCACUCGGCGGUGAAGCUCUGCCGUUGGACGAAGCACCAGCUCAGAGGCCGAGGAGGAUGCUACAAGCACUCCUUCUAUGGCAUCACGUCUUACCAGUGCAUGGAGGCGACGCCCUCCCUGGCAUGUGCCAACAAGUGCGUCUUCUGCUGGCGCCAUCACAAGAAUCCAGUGGGAACCGAAUGGAAAUGGUCGAUGGAUCCUCCUGAUCAGAUUGUGGCCGAAGGCAUCGAUCAGCAUCGGAGGAUGAUCCGGGAGUGCAAGGGCAUUCCUGGAGUCAAAAAGGAACGCUUCGAAGAAGCGAUGACGGUGAGGCAUUGUGCUCUGUCACUCGUCGGCGAGCCGAUCAUGUAUCCCAGGAUAAACGAGCUUGUGGGGGAGCUGCAUCAAAGGAAAAUCAGCACUUUCUUGGUGACGAACGCCCAGUUUCCGGAGGCUAUCCGAAAUCUCGAUCCCAUCACGCAGCUCUAUGUCAGUGUGGACGCUGGGACGCCCGAGACGCUUAAGGCGGUUGAUAGGCCGCUGUUCUCCGACUUCUGGCAGAGAUACUUGGACUCCUUAAAGGCAUUGAAGGCCAAGAAGCAGCGAACAGUCUACCGACUGACCCUGGUCAAGGGCCACAACAUGGAGGAGGCGGCGAACUAUGCCAAGCUCGUGGCGUUGGGAACCCCGGACUUCAUCGAGAUCAAGUCCGUAACCUUCUGCGGCGAGUCUAAGGCCUCCUCGCUCACGAUCGGAUGCACGCCCUGGCACGAAGAGGUUAAAGCCUUCUCGGAAGCCAUGCUCUCGAAGGAAGGUCUGGAGUCCCAGUACGAGCUCGCUUGCGAGCACCAGCACAGCUGCAUCGUGCUGCUCGCCAACAAGCGCUACAAGGUCGAUGGACGCUGGCAUACUUGGAUCGAUUAUGACCGCUUCCACGAACUUGUCAAAGCAGGUGUGGAAUUUGAUGCUACUGAUUACUGGGCUCCAACACCGGAAUGGGCCCUGUACGGCUCGGAAGAGGCGGGAUUUGACCCCAACGAGACGCGCGUGUAUCACAACCGCACCAAGAAGCGUGCCCAAGCCGGCCUCCUUUCAAAGGAGCAGCUGAAGAUGUACCCAGACAAUCCGGCCAAGCAGUAA